AUGCUGGCUACGAUCUGCCGUGUGCCUCUGCCGAUGGAGGACAGAGAGGAGGCACUGCGGGUCCUUCUUACUCAGUGGCUUCUGCGGCUUCGAAAGGAGAAGGAGAAUCCCACAGGCGCCAUAUCUGUGCAACAGAUCUUGAGCUUGGCUGUGUCUCUCGGCCUGAAUCCGGAGCUGGUGAAUACGGCCGUAUUCGCCAGGGACGUGGCUGCUUAUCUCAGCAACCGCUUUGAUCUUCUCAGAACAGAGGAGCUGAUCGUGUUCCUUUGGGCAUUCCGGAGGCUGGUGCUUUCACAAAGCUCCACUGCAUUCCUUUCAAAAGGCCUACACAAGGUUCAUCAGCAAUGGCGACUGUUGGUGGCAUCGGCCGAACUGAGCGUGCAGCGCCUGGUCCAACUUUCCGAUGUUCUGAGCUGUGUGAAAGCAGAGGCCAAGAGGAUGGCACCAUACUGGACCGACCAGCUCGAAGAGCUGCAGGAGCUAGUCAUUCAGGACUUGACCGAAUCGGUCCAGUACUGCCAGCCUGAAACUCUGGCUGAGAUCUUGGAGAUGUGGGCUGGGACUCAGGAGUUCUGGCAGAGCCAUUGCGACUUCGCUCAAGCGAUCACGAAGAGAAUGGAGGAGCUGCUGCUGGAAUGCAUCGACCUUCAAGAGGUUGUCGGUUUGCUGCAGGCUGCGUUGGCCGCCCCUGGCUUGAUCUCCACCUUGCCGCCCAGUGGGGUGAAGGUGCAAGCCAUCUUCGCUGGCAGCACGUGGGAGGUGCUAUGUCAAGGAGCUCCAGCAACGGACAGGUCUGGUACCACAAGCACGGACGACAACUCUUCCACAGCUGAGGACAAGGCCUCAAAGUUUCAGGCCCUUCUCAGCGCAUGGCAGCAGCCAAGGACCGAUCUCGAGCUGGUUCACUUUCUUCGAGAUGCUACCGCGCUUUGCAACGAGCCGGUAGAGGCUCUUCAAGCCUUGGAGGCAGCAGCCCCAUUUGCUGAACGUCUGGCCGCCGGUGCCACUGCAGAGGUGCUCCAACUACUGGAGAAACUCUGCCAAAGCAUUGCACAAGCAGCACCAGACUUGACAGCGGAUCAGCUGGUGCUGAUGCCGUGGCUGCGGAUGCUCCUCGCGGAGGACCAAGCUUUUCAAGCAUACCUCUCCGUCGCUGGACACCCCGAGCUGGGCAAUCUGACCUAUGGGAGGCUGAGGCUGCUGAUGUCGCCCUCUUCACGAGAAGCCGCUUCUGAGCUAUCCCCGGAGCUUCAAGAAGUCAUGGUGAGCUACCGAGAGCACUUCCUGGGCACGAUGGUGCAUUUUGGCUACUUGAUGGGCCCGAGGCUGGAGUGGGAGCGGCUUCCCAACGAAUCAUCUGCCGAAUGGACGCUCACCGCAGCGAUUCUCUCACAGGCGUUGCUGGUGUUGCUUCCCAGCCUUACAACGCCGUACCAUCAUCGGGUAGAAGUUGCCAUGGCUUUCAAGUCCUUGCGGCUGGCGCUAGGCUGCUUUCUGUUGGCCUUGCUUGCACUCGUGGUUGUGCCACGAACCUUUCGCAAGGAGCAAGGCACUUUCCAAGUCCCGUCACGCUUUACUCCGACAAGAGCUUUGGAGGAAAGCAUCGACGACCAAAUCCAAGCUGUGGAGUCAGUGACUCCUGGUGGCAGCGACUUGCGCGUGGCGGCCGAAAUCGAGGCUACAGAGGAUGCAGUACCCUUGGAAGGCAACGAGAGCCUUUCGCCUUCCCGAGCGGUGGCGGCCAGCACCGGACCAGAAAGCACUGGCUCGGAGGAGCCACUCAUCACGGCUGGCCCCGAGAGCAAGGAAGAGCUUCCUUCAGGGAUCCCGCACACGGAGGAAAGCGUGCCGAAGACGACACUUGAGUUGAAUGAACACUUGCUCGACGAGGGGCCUGUCACGGACAGCCUUCAGCUUUACCAAACAAGCAUGACAGUCGUCAAGGAUGCGACCGUCUCAAGUCCAAAGGCGCUCGGUGAGAGCCUGGAUGGAUUGGUCAUUGCUCCUGACUGUCGCUGCACGUUUAUUCUUUCCGGCGCACAUCCGCCAGCAGAUCCCCAAUGCCUCCACAACUGCUCUAGAAUGCACUUCGUGAACAAUCACGGCGGGUGGUGA